AGCAGUUUUAUCGUUUACACAUACCUCAUAACUAGGAAGUCUUUAUUGUCAAAUAAGCUCCCAAGAUGGCAACCUUAAUGGUCACAUAGAAAUCUUAUGUAGAAUCGAAUUUUGAAGUAACGACGCCAUGAGGCGGCGUCUAUCCCACAACCCGCGCGUAGCGGUGGGGCUGGUUUUUCUACUGCUGGCUCAACUUGUCGUCGGUCAGAAUAACCCGGCGCUGACCAAUAAUGACCCAAUCAACAGCAAUAUUAACGCCAAUACGUUUUACUUUGACAGCAACAGUGACUGCAAUGGUCCUAUCAGAGAGCUGUAUGGGCUUGAAGCCACCAUCAGGGGCAAUGACCUCUCCUCGCAAAGACUGGGCCCAGCAACUUGUACCAUUGUACUGCGAUCCACCAGUCAGUUUGAAGGAACUGUCCUUGAUAUUGAAGUGAAAGCAAUGAAUAUUCUUGACUGUACUACACAGGUGGCAAUUUAUGAUGGGGAUGGUGCCCAGAUUUUGCUGAUGUCAUAUGACUGUCGCUCAAGUCAAAAUCAGAACCAGAAAAGAUUUUUAACCUCAGGGAACACAGCAACAUUCAUCAUGACCCGUCAAAACGUCAACAGCUACAACUUUGAUAUUGAAAUCAAAAUUAAUCCAGUCAGAGCUGGGUCUGAUCCCAAUUAUGAGAAUGGUUAUGGAUCAAGCAAUCCAUUUGCUUUCUACAAGUUUCCACAAGAAGGUAUCGUUGGAAUGAUUGGUGGCUUCUAUGCUGCUAUCAUUGGGAUCUGUAUUAUUGUGAUAAUUUACAAGAAUCGAUCCUUCCAAGGUCUAAACAAAGAGUGGGAGACACAUCAGCUCGCCACACUAAAAACUGGAAUCAGCUUUGAUGCUAAAAGCCAAAUGACUCAGCAGUCUCAAAUAUCAACUUUGAAUGGGCCUUACAACCGAGGGCCAGCGAGCCAAUACUCUAGAGGCACCACUCAAACGCAGCCGCGCAAGCCGCCUCCUCCCAGUGAAGAUGGUGAUAGUGCUGUGUAUUACAAUGAUGACACAUUCCAAAAACGUCGACUCAUGAAAGAAGAAAAUGAAAAGUCCAGGCCCAGAUACAACCAACCAGUGGAAGACGCGCCGGAUAAUUUCAAAGAAAGAGUUAUAGUUUCAAGGGUCAAGGGCAGGAGCAAGCAGCCACCAUCUUACAACGAUGCCCUGAGUGACAGCGCCUCCGAGCGCUCCUCCGAUGAAGAAUCGGAAGCCACCAGCAGCAACAGCACUGUCAGGAAAAGGCCACCCUCAUCAUCAGAGGACGAGAGAUCUGAGAGGUCAUCCAGAAGGUCAAGGUCAACCGAAAGAUCAUCAAGAUCCAGCAGGUCGCCGACACCAUCAGAAACGGAGUCCGAAGAGGUCAGUGAGAGUGAUGGUGACUCCAGGUACAGCAACAGACGGCAUAAAGCAAGGAAACCGAAGCCGAAGAAACCUCAGGCCAAAGCUGGUCCAUCUAGGAAACCACCUCAGCAACAACAGCAGCAGCCCUACCCCCGACAACCUGUCCCACAAAUGCAGCCCAUGCCCUAUGGAGCUUACCCCCCGGGUCAGUUUGUUCCCAUGAUGGCAGGCCCUCCCCAUGUCCAGCCUGUUCCUAUGGUACCUGGUUACCCACCACCAAGGUAUCCAGUAAACCAGCGUGAUAUGGCACCCAGAGGGCCCCAGGUGCAACCCACUGAUAUACCUGUCUACUCUUACCUGGUUCAGAGAGGCUACAAACCUAUCGAUCUGAACAAUUCCCAGGGGAGUGUACCAGAGAGCCAGGGGUCAGGUGGGGGGAGACUAGAGGAGCCAGAUUUAAGGCUAGAUAGUGGGGUGGAAUACAUGAGAAGGUAAAACAGCACAGUUGUCUCCACUUUAACUAUUAUGUUUUUAAAUUAAUAAACAAAUAGAAAACAAUAGACAAAACACAGUAAUUCAACAUAAUAUUUUUAAAAUAGAUUAUAUAAAAAAUGAAUAAUACAAGUGUUAAUAUUACCAUAUUUAUUGUAGGUGGGUUGAAUUUAUUUGCUUUUCUGGAUUUAUAAGAUAGCCAAAAAUAUUAUGGUUGCAAAUUAUAAAAUCAAAAAUAUUCUCUAAAUGAGUUGAAUGAAUUAAAAAUUACCUCGUCAAAUAAAAGCUAAAGCAUCAUUUGUUUACUGGGUAUUAAUAUGUAAAUAUAUCUCAUGAUUUAUAAUUCAACUUAGAAAUCUCAUUAUUAAUUUACCAUUAUUUGAAAUUGCAUCAGAAAUAACUGUUCUUGUAUUAUACCGCCUGCUAUGUAAAAAUAUGCUAUACACUUCUGUGUCAUUCAUAUCCCAAUUUUUGUACGUUAUUGUUAAGAAAAUUCUCUGAACAUUCCACUUGUUCAAUUUUAAAUGAAAGGCAGUAAUUGUUGUAUAUAAAUUAAUUUCUAUUUUUACUAUUACUGAUCAUUGCUCAUUGUUUUUAAGUAAGUUUAACUAUUUCUUUGUAAGCUUCUAUAAUGCCUACAGCACAAUAGUUCAAUUUUGCAAACUGAAUAAAACAUCAACUUAGUUCUUGUAUAAAAAAUGUUCUGCUUAGAUUUAGUAGUAAACCAAUGUGCUAAUAAAAUCAAAUGUGUUGCAAUAUACACAAUUUAAAAAGUGUAAUUACUAUGUGACUCUAAUAUCAAUAUUUGCUGUAGAGAAUAAAAGCUAAGAUGAUUUAGAGUUGAACAGUAUUUCUUAAAUUGUUUGAAAAGUAUUUUAUAUAAAAAAGUUUUAAAACGCAUUGGGAAGUAUUUUGCAAAGAGUUGGUACCUUCAUGAAAGUUUUCUAGUUUUCUCUUUGUGUUCAUUUGUGCUGAAAUCCAGAAGUUGUCUCAUUUGAAGUUUUCUACUGCUGGCAAAUUCAACAUUUCUUUGUGCUAGUUCAGAGUCUGACUUCCUUCUCCACUUGCCAGAAGUGGUUCAGUGUUUGUACAAUAAUUGUGUUGAUCAGUUUUUAAAAAAAAAUGGCACUUCUGUCCAUAUCUGUAUAUCAUAUAUACUUUUCUAGGAAUUUCUGUUUUAUUUUUUGACACAUGGCUAAUGUGCCUAUUAUAUUUUUUAUUACUUGUGUGUGUGUGUAU